GGCCAGAAUCUUCGACUUGGAGACAAGGACAUUUCUGCUUUGUCCUUCCUUGCUGCAAAGAGUGCAAACUAUUGAACCACAUUAAAUCAGCUAGACACAACUUCAUGAAUCAGGAACUGUCUAUCAUCCACUGUGAAGAACAUUAUUUCUUACAGAGAAGAGUGAAAGAGACCGCAGCACCAAAACUUCUUUCCACGAGGUUGCAAUUUAGAACAAGAAAAGACUAGAAGCUGAAGGAAUCAUUUGACAAACAACAACAAGCAAACACAAGACUAUUGGAAGAUGGCGCAUCUCUUACUGUAUAAAAAAGAACAAAUAGCAGAACCACCAAAGAAGAAUACAGGAGACUUCAAACACAGGGAGAGUGAAGAUGCUGAACUGGUCUUUGUUGGGGUGGAAUAUGUAAAUGAAGAUGAUGACAUCCUCUUUGUCCAAGUGAUUUCAAAACCAAAACCAGUUGCUUCAAAAAUUUUGAACAGAGCCACAAGAGAUUCAGAAAUAAAGAGAGGUGUUUUGAAUCAAGAUCCUGCUCACACAUUGCAGACUGCCAGUCACAACACCCCUAGAGAUGCCAUCUUACUUUCUCAAUCUGAAUGCCUAGCAAUUGAUAGUCCUAGUCUUUUACAGCCUUCCUCUCACCCUGGUUAUGAAGUGAGAUCUCUACAAGUCAUGCAUCAAAACACUUCAGAUUUGCUCUCUCAGGGUCAUUGUGGAACUAAAGUUCCUGUAAGAGACCAGGAUGAUCCAGAGGAACUUUUCAUUUUGGACAUAGAGAAUGAAAAUAUCAAAAGACCUAAACUGAGUGAUGGAAUCCUCAAGAAGCAGUACUCAGUUAUAGCCCCUCCAGCUAUCUCUCCUAAAUUAAACACAAAUAGACCAUCAGAAGGCAUCCAAAACUCAUCAAGUUAUGUUCAGGCUGGAGCAUCAUAUCCUUGGAUUUACACACAUGGCAAGGCACAUUUCAGUUGUAUGGAUCCAGGAAGAGCAAAUAGACUGGAAAUUCAGGAAGAAGCUAACUUUUCAAGUACAACAAGUGAAAAUAGGGCCAUUGUUCCCAACCAAGAAAAUCUGAUCAUGCUGCUUCAUGACUUUUACUAUGGACAGCACAAAGGAGACAGAAAACAUCCAGAACAAAAGAUUUAUAAAACUUUCAAAUGCUCUAGCUGUUUGCAAAUCCUAAAAAAUGUCAAGUUUAUGAAUCACGUGAGUCAUCAUUUGGAACUUGAGAGACAAAGGGUUGACAGCUGGGAAAUUCACACCAAUUGCAGGCACUGCCACCGGCGGUUCUGCACUCCCUUCGAGUUACAAUGUCAUGUAGAAAGUGUACACACUGCCCAGGAAGCCGUCCCUUUAUGUAAAAUUUGUGAGUUAUCAUUUAAAACCAAUCAGGCUCUUUUGGAGCACAUGAAGUACAAUCAUAAACCUGGUGAAAUGCCCUAUGUGUGCCAGGUUCAAUUACAGAUCAUCAGUUUUUGCAGAUGUGGAAACACAUUUCAAGACAUACCACAACUACACUAAGAAUUUGCUUUGCUUGUUUUGCCUCAAAAUUUUCAAAACCACAAGCUAUAUGAAACAUUGUUGGAAGCACUGGAA